GCGGCGCCACCGGCCAUGGACCCAGGCGGAGCAAUCAAUGUCGCCACCGCGCUCGACGGAGGCGGUGAGGUCGGGGUCCGGAUUCACCAAACCCGACAGCUCCCCGAUUUCCUCCAGAGCGUUACUCAAUACAAUCUCAUCUCCGUCAUCAUCUGCUCCGCCGUCCUCGUCUUCGGGUUGACGGUCUACAUCAUGACCCGACCCAGACCCGUCUACUUGGUCGAUUACGCCUGCUACCGCCCGCCCGAUCACCUCAAGGCACCGUACCAACGCUUCAUGGAGCACUCCCGCCUCACGCAGGACUUCGACGACUCGUCGCUCGAGUUCCAGCGUAAGAUUCUCGAGCGCUCCGGCCUCGGCGAGGAGACUUAUGUCCCGGAGGUGAUGCAUUACAUCCCUCCCCGGCCGUCGAUGGCCGCCGCCAGGGAGGAGGCGGAGCAGGUGAUGUACGGUGCUUUGGAUAAUCUAUUUGCCAAUACCCAUGUGAAGCCAAAGGAUAUUGGGAUUCUCGUUGUGAAUUGCAGCUUGUUUAAUCCGACGCCGUCGCUUUCCGCCAUGAUUGUUAAUAAGUACAAAUUGAGGGGUAAUAUUAGGAGUUUUAACUUGGGGGGAAUGGGUUGUAGUGCUGGGGUUAUAGCUGUUGAUCUUGCCAAAGACUUGUUGCAAAUCCAUCGGAACACUUAUGCUGUUGUUGUUAGUACUGAGAACAUUACUCAGAAUUGGUAUUUUGGGAAUAAGAAGUCUAUGUUGAUACCCAAUUGCUUGUUUCGUGUUGGGGGUUCCGCGGUUUUGCUUUCCAAUAAGUCCGUUGAUAGGAGGCGGGCUAAGUACAAGCUUGUUCAUGUUGUGAGGACCCAUCGUGGCGCGAAUGAUAAAGUUUUCCGUUGUGUUUAUCAGGAGCAGGAUGACAAGGGGAAUACUGGUGUGUCUUUGUCGAAAGAUUUGAUGGCAAUUGCCGGUGGGGCGCUUAAGACCAACAUUGCCACUUUGGGACCUAUUGUGCUUCCUAUAAGCGAGCAGCUUCUUUUCUUUUCAUCACUUGUGGUUAAGAAGCUGUUCAAGUCUAACGUCAAGCCAUAUAUCCCGGAUUUCAAGCUGGCAUUUGAUCAUUUUUGCAUACACGCCGGAAGGAUCGACUGA